UGUAUGAUAUUUCCCAGGUCUCUCCAGACAUGAUAAGAAAAUCUAAAUUGAAGCCAUAAAAUAAUGAAUGCAGAUAUCAAAAUACAUUUCAGUUCAAACUUCAGAGGAAUCAAAGCACACAUACAACAAUACAAAUAAUGAACAUUUGAAACCAUCAAUGUUGGAAAAUAGCAGAACAAUGUUAACCUAUGACAUUAUUGUAUGUAUACAAUGACUCUUGGUGAACGAUGAUAAUGGUAAACAUAUACAUGAUGCAAGGCCUAUACUAGGAAAGACUCAGCCAGGAACAUGUAUAAAAGCAGAGAUAAUCUCAUUAUCUAUGGGUGUCUUUAUUUGUUCAGAAUGUGUCAAAGAUAAGUGGGGUUGGUCUGGUAUUACACCUGAUAGCCUAAUAUUACUCAGAGAAACAGUUUCCUGUAGCAAACUACAAUUAGGAGCAACAAAAGCAAGUGUAACAGAAACAGCUAAUGAGCAAAUCUUUCAAAAUGCAUCUUUGGUGGCACGCUUCCGUGCUUAUAUUAUUUUCCGCAAUGGUGUUUUCACAAGAUGAAACAACACCAAAUACACAAUCAUCAAUGAACAGUUCAGACACCUGGAAUAGGACUUAUUCAAUAAAUAGUACACAAUUGCCAAUUAACAAUACAGAAAGUUGGAACAGCACUGAAUCAAGGAAUAGUACUAAACUAUGGAAUAGUACACAAUCUUGGAAUGAAACUGUUACUAUGCCAACUCAUUUUAAUGUGACAAUGAGCUUCAAUGAAACAGUUACUCCUAGUUAUGAAAAUACUACUGGUAUAUAUGGGAAUACCACUGGCAUAUAUGACAAUUCCACUGGAAAAUAUGACAAUACCACUGGAAUAUAUGACAAUACCACUGGCAUAUUUGUCAAUACAACUGGCAUGUAUGACAACACUACUGCCAUAUAUGAAAAUACCACUGGUGUAUUUGUCAAUACCACUGGCAUGUAUCACAAUACCACUGGCAUAUAUGAUAAUACCACAGGCAUAUUUGUCAAUACCACUGGCAUAUAUGACAACACCACUGGCAUAUUUGUCAAUACCACUGGCAUGUAUGACAAUACCACUGGUAUUACAGCAUCGAAUGUAACCACAGGUUAUAAUAUAACCACCAUAGCUACAACAGAGUCAAUUGAUGAGUGUAGUCUAUGUGAUAGAUUUGCUGAUUGUGACAGG